CGCCAAAGAGUUUAUUUAGUAUACACACAACCGGAAGUUACACUGUGGGAUUGUCGACCAAGAUUUGGUAAAGUUUCUAUAUUUCCAGGCGCUGCUGUCACGAAUAACCGCGUUACCGUUUCAAAAAAAAGGUGCAAUGGAGGAGUGAUGUCUCAGACAGCGAAGGGAUAAAGACAGAGAAGACAUGACUGAGUGCUUCCUGCCCCCCAGCAGCAGCCCUGCAGAGCAGCGCAGGGCCGAUCACCCUGGAGGGGUGGCCCGUACCCCUAGCUCCGAGGAGAUCAGCCCCACCAAGUUCCCCGGGCUGUACCGCACCGGCGAACCAUCGCCGCCUCAUGAUGGACACCACCAUGAGCCGCCUGACCCCUACGUCUCAGAUGAUGAUAAGGAGCACGGAAAGAAGAAGAAUAAGUUCAAGAAGAAGGAGAAGAGGACUGAGGGAUACGCCGCCUUCCAGGAGGACAGCUCAGCUGAUGAAGCUGAGAGCCCGUCCAAGAUGAAGCGCUCGAAGGGAAUCCACGUGUUUAAGAAGCCUAGCUUCUCCAAGAAGAAGGAAAAGGACUUUAAGGUGAAAGAGAAGGGCCCCAAAGAGGAGAAGGCCAAGGAUAAAAAGUCCAAGGACCUGACUGCUGCUGAUGUAGUCAAACAGUGGAAGGAGAAGAAGAAGAAGAAGAAGCCUGCCUCAGAUGCAGAGCAGGUCCCAGUGGAGGUUCCCACUAUAAGGCCCAUCUUUGGAGCUCCGCUGGCUGAAGCUGUGAAGAGGACCUCACUGUAUGACGGCAUCCAGCUUCCCGCCAUCUUCCGGGAAUGCGUGGACUACAUUGAGAAUUAUGGGAUGAAGUGUGAGGGCAUCUACAGGGUCUCAGGUAUGAAGUCCAAGGUGGAUGAGCUGAAAGCCUCUUACGACAGGGAGGAAUGUCCCUGUCUGGAGGAGUACGACCCCCACACCGUUGCCAGCCUGCUGAAGCAGUACCUCCGCGAGCUGCCGGAGAACCUCCUUGGUCGAGACUUGGCUCAGCGCUUCGAGGAUGCCUGCGGUCGGCCGGCAGAGGCAGAGAAGGUCUCAGAGUUUCACAAGCUGCUGGCCGAGGUGCCUCCACAGAGCCGGCUGCUCCUCUCCUGGCUCGUCACGCACAUGGACCACGUCAUCACCAGGGAGGCAGACACCAAAAUGAACAUCCAGAAUAUUUCCAUCGUCCUCAACCCGACCAUACAGAUUGGAAACCGCGUCCUCUACAUCUUCUUUACCCACGUGAAAGAGCUGUUUGGUGACGUCGUCCUGAAGCCGGUGGUGCGACCUCUCCGCUGGUCCAACAUGGCAACAAUGCCAGCUCUGCCCGAGACCCAGGAGAACAUCAAGGAGGAAAUUCGGCGGCAGGAGUUCCUGUUGAACUGCCUGCACAGAGACCUGCAGGCAGGUGUGAAGGACCUGUCCAAGGAGGAGCGACUCUGGGAGGUUCAGAGAAUCCUGACUGCUCUCAAACGAAAGCUGAGGGAGGCCAAACGGCAGGAGUGUGAGACUAAGAUAGCACAAGAAAUAGCCAGUCUCUCCAAGGAAGAUGUGUCCAAAGAGGAAAUGACUGAGAAUGAGGAGGAAGUCAUCAACCUGCUCUUAGCACAGGAGAAUGAGAUUCUGACAGAGCAGGAGGAGCUGAUCGCUCUUGAACAGGUAUUACGGAGACAGAUCGCCACUGAAAAGGAAGAAAUUGAGAGGCUGCGGGCAGAAAUCGCCGACAUCCAGAGUCGGCAGCAGGGUCGCAGUGAGACUGAGGAGUAUUCCUCUGACAGUGAAAGUGAGAGCGAGGAUGAGGAAGAACUGCAGAUGAUACUGGAAGACCUGCAGAAACAAAAUGAGGAACUAGAGAACAAAAACACUCAUCUGAACCAGGCUAUCCAUGAGGAGCAGGAAGCCAUCCUGGAGCUCAGAGUCCAGCUCCGCCUGCUGCAGAGCCACAAGCAGCAGCAGCAGCAGCAGGAACUAACCGUCCCUCCGUCAGCCGAGCAGGUUCCUGCCAGCCAGCCGAGCCCGGAGGCCCGCAGCGAGGAACAGACGAAACGUUCAGCCUCCACUGCGGCUGCCGCUGCAGACGCUCCCGCUCCAACCAACGGGAAGGCUCCCAAAGAUCCUUCAAAACCUUCUCCAAACAAAGACAGGAGAGACACCAACAUGUGAGAUGGCUGCUAUACUUGGCGUAGAUGGUUACUUCACUUGUCAUGAACAUCUUCUGUAUACUCUGUGGCAUCCUGACUUUGUUUUCCAUUCCCCAGAGAACCUAGAAACAGAAUGACAGCUGUAGCAGACGACUAGCUACCUCUGAGGGGACUCCCAGGGACCAUAUUAUUCAAAUCUGCUGUGCCAAGCCUAUUUAAAGGAGGUGGAGAGGGUGACAAUGAAGGGAUUCAUGAAGGGAGGGGGUUAGAGUUUAUUUUUCACCGACGGUUCAACCAAUAAAUUAUAACCAAACAUAACUUUGCUGUAGAUCAGUUAGUUCAUCCCUCUUCUCUGACAUCACCGACCACUGUGCCAUAACUCAAAACGACAAAGAGAUGCAAAUGCAGAAGAAAGCUCCGAGAGGAUUUUUGAUUGGUCUAUAUGUAUAUUUUAAAUGAUCAUUCUAUCUAUAAUAUAUAUAUAAACUGCUUAAGAUGUGCCCUGAUUUAAUUUAUAGCUUUUUAGUGACACAUAUGUGAUGAAUGAAAAGUUGAGGAAAAAAAUAAAAUCCCAUCACAGCAAAAUGUAGACGAGUGCACUCACCCGUUCCCUCGUUUUCACACAAGGAAACGUGGAGGUUUAAUAUUGAUGUAACACACUGUGGAAAUGUUAUAUGAGGAAUGUGAGAGAAAACUGCCCAAGGCUUUUCUAAGUUAUUUGAUUGCAGUUUGUUUUAUUCAUUAUACUAUAAAUUUGUGAAAUUGUUCCAUCAUUUCAUGAACGAUCCUCCAAGCUGUCAUUGUUUAAAAGCAAUUUCAAAGAUCUUUAUUGCAUAUUAUAACAACUUUGCAAAAAACAUAUAUUUUGCGGUUGUAUUUUUUUUAUGUGUUGAUUUUUGUAUAUCGUUGCUGAUAAUUCUAGCGUGGCUUUGAACUUUAUUAAUCGUGUGACUGAAACCGGCACCGAAGCUUUUCCUUAGGUUACUUUUACAUGUUUGGAGCUUUUGUAGCAGGCUGUUGCAGUCAGACUAAUGCUGUGAAGAAUAAAGUGUUGAUCUGAA